UCACACUUGUUCACAGGCAGACAUGUCAGGGAAAGUUAUUGUGGUGUUUGCACUGUUGGUUGCACUGCUAGUAUCCUCAGCAGCUGGAGAGGCUGAAGAGACUCGUCUACUACAGCAGCUUCUAGCCAAGAGGGAGAAAGUGAGAGGCUCAGCUGACAGACAGAAGCCAGCGCCUCAGGCUUCCCCUGCACGGAUGGAGAGACGGGCACACCUAUCGGAGGAUGAACGGGAGAUAAUGACAAAGCAAAUAAUGCAAGCAAUUUCAGAGAUGAUGAGCUCUGAGUGCAUGUCGGAUCGGGACUACCAGGGCUGGGUGGACUUUGGACGCCGGGACGCAGAAUGAGACAAACAACAAUGCCAACAACGACCCGAGAGCUCAGACUUACGGCUUUUUGUUCACAUCUUAUAUAAAGCCAAUGUUUU